AUGGCUCCUGCCAGAACAAGAAUGCCAAAAUCCUCAAUCGAGAGCGAUACUUCGACGCGACAACACACUCACUCACCUGCCACAACCCCACAACGAAGUCCGCAAAAAAGAUUUAUGAAGAUUACAGCAACUCAGAAACAGGCCCUCAUCGACAAUUUGCAGCUAGAAGUGACUGAAAGAGCACGAAAACUCAGAGCCCAAUAUGCGAUGCAAGCGCAAAGCCUGCGAUCUCGAAUCGAAUUACGCGUGAACCGCAUUCCUACAGCAUUAAGGAAGACCAAUAUGGGCGAGCUACACGCAAAACACGAGACAGCACAGCAGCAAAAGGAGAAGGCUACAAAUGCACAAGCUUUCACGAAACAGGCCCCUAGGAUUGCAGAACCAAGACCAGCAAAACAAACCGUGGAAGCAAAGAAAGAGGGGAUGCCUGCUAAGAGCAGAGGUAAGAAGAGAAACAGUGAUGAAAUGGAAUGCGGAGAAAUCGUCAAGAUCCACGAGGACCCUAUAGAGAACCCGAAGAAACGGGCCAAAGCCAACAAGAAUGCAACUACAGCCCGAGCUCCGCAUCCAUCGACUGUGCUUUCACCAAAAUCCGCAAAUUCGCGUACUCUUCCUCAAUCACCCGUCCGUCCCCAUCUAGGCUCACCAGCGAAGUCUUUUCAGUCUCAUGCAACCUCUCCUUUGAAACCACAGGUUGUACUGGUGAAACCCGAGCCUGCAGCAUCCGCAGCAGCGACGGCAGCCUUAGCGAAAAUGGUCAAUGAGAAAACGAAGGGAAGACCAAAGUCGGCUGCAGGCAAGCGGCCAGGUGGAAAGAAGGGACCUAGCCCUGAGGAGCAGACUGAGAAUCCGAGGACAGUGAGUAGUGCAAGCAAUGUAUCAGCGACAUCUUCAGGUACGACCAUUGUUAAACCGGCGAAGAAGGUGGCCAAAACUGCUGUCAAGAAGAAAGUAGUAGCAAACACUGGAGGGAAAAGAGUGGAUCCUCCAGCAACAGGACGCAGAGUGUUGCGCAAACGCGGAUAG